AUGGCUCCGAAAUGGCGAAAAGCCCAAGGCGAAAAUGCAAGGUUAAAGAUCAUGGAAGUUCGAGAUGAUCUAACGGUCUGCACGAUUUCAGAGCUUGAAGAUGCACGGAACCAACCGUCUCUGAAAUGGCAAAAGCCAGGUGGCACUCAAGUGACAUGUCUAUUCAGAGAUCAAGCAGGCAGGCCCCAUCCCAGUGGCGGUGAUGUGGCACACACGUGGCAUAUAGGUGGACAGACGAGCAAGGAAACAUGUGGCGGUGAUGAGGUCUUAUUUUUGGUCUUUAUCUUUUAUGUUGUGGUUCUUUUUGCCUUUUAUUUAUUUGGCUUUUGUUUAUCAUUGUUGGCCUUUUUGUUUGUCAUUUUGUCUUGUUUUAUCAACUACAAUGCCAUUGAUAAGUGCUGGAGGAGAGAUCCAAAUUGGGCAAAUCACAGGACGAGUCUUGCAAAUUGUGCAAAAGGCUUUGGAAGUUAUGCCAUGGGAGGCAUAGGAGGUGGAAUAUAUAUAGUCACCAGAGAUGAUGAUAAUGCUUUAAAUCCUUUGUUUGGGACUCUCAGAUAUGGUGUUACUCGCGAUCAACCUCUGUGGAUAGUUUUUGCAAGGGAUAUGGAGAUUCAUCUUCAGAUGCCCUUGUUCUUCGCAAGCCACAAGACAAUUGAUGCAAGGGGAGCAAAAGUCACCAUUAGCAAUGGGGCCUGCAUAACGCUUUAUAAUACCAGCAAUGUUAUCAUCCAUGGCUUAACCAUUCAUGACUGUCAACCUUCUGGAUCUGGAGAUGUUCUAAUCUAUGAGUCCAAAGGAGUGGUGAGAGAUUAUCCAAUGGAUGGCGAUGGUAUAUCUGUUAUAAGUUCUAGAGAUAUUUGGCUUGAUCAUAAUACCAUUUCUCACUGCAGUGAUGGUCUCAUAGAUGUGACGCUUGGCUCAACAGCAGUUACUAUUUCUAACAACAGAUUCUUUAAUCAUAAUGAGGUAAUGUUAUUAGGCAACAGUGAUACAUAUACACCCGACUUAAACAUGAGGGUUACUGUGGCAUUCAACCAUUUUGGACCAGACCUUAUGCAACGCAUGCCAAGGUGUAGAUUGGGAUAUGUACAUGUGGCAAAUAACUACUAUGAGCCUUGGGGGAUAUAUGCAAUUGGAGGAAGCUCAAAUCCGACCAUCUUGAGUGAAGCAAAUUGGUUUAUGGGUCCAAGUGAUUAUACCAAGAAACAAGUCACACAACAACAUGAGUGUACUAGUGGUUCACCUUGUGUAUGGAGAUCAAUCCAUGAUAUGUUUUUAGGAGGAUCAUAUUUCACACAAUCAGGUUGGGGAAAUGCAUAUCCAACAUAUGAUCAAAGACAAGAAUUUGAGAUUGCUAUUGUCAAUUUAGUACCUACACUGACAAAGAAUGUCGGGACCCUAGAUUGUCUUUCGAGCAAGCCUCGUUGGUGA